AAGAAUAGGACUACUUCCUGCUUCUGGACAUGGGCGGGUGAAGGGAAAGGAAAUAGCUUUAAGAGCGGCAUCCUGCCUGAGCUAGCAGCGGUGGAGGAGGAGGCAGAGAGGAGUGGAGGGCGGAGUAGACGGAGGAGGCUGCGGCAGAGAAGAAAGUGUCAGAGCCGCUCCCUGGGCUGUCGGAAGCGGAGUUGUUUGUAAAGGCAAAUGCCGACGCCUCCUCCUCCUCCUGUCACUUCGGGACAAGUUAACAACCUUCAGAUUCGUUGUUAAAGCAGCGUGUUCUCUAUGUGAUCUAUCAGGUUCGGCUUUAGAGUGUGGUGAAGGGUACUUUUCAUGGUGCAUGGAAGGAAAGCCAAUGCGCAGUACUCACAUGAAUUACAGUUAUUAAAUAUUCACAGUACCUCAGGAGAUGCGUGGUUUACCCUAAAGCGUCCAGAGACUGAGAGCUUCAUGAUUUUGAGUGUACCAACAUUCGACCAGGAGAGACUGGAAUGGAUGUAACAAGCCGCUGCACCCUUGGAGACCCCAACAAACUACCAGAAGGGGUUCCCCAACCUGCCCGCAUGCCCUAUAUCUCAGACAAGCACCCUCGACAAACCUUGGAAGUGAUUAACCUUCUGAGAAAGCACCGGGAGCUAUGUGAUGUGGUGCUAGUUGUGGGCGCCAAGAAGAUAUAUGCCCAUCGAGUCAUUUUGUCAGCCUGUAGUCCCUACUUCCGAGCUAUGUUUACAGGAGAAUUGGCAGAGAGCCGUCAGACAGAAGUAGUGAUCCGCGACAUCGACGAGAGGGCUAUGGAAUUACUGAUUGACUUUGCAUAUACCUCCCAGAUAACAGUAGAAGAGGGCAAUGUUCAGACUCUUCUGCCAGCUGCUUGCCUCCUCCAGCUGGCAGAAAUACAGGAAGCCUGCUGUGAAUUCUUAAAGAGACAAUUAGAUCCUUCUAACUGCCUGGGCAUUCGGGCUUUUGCUGACACACAUUCAUGUCGUGAGUUGCUAAGGAUAGCAGACAAGUUCACCCAACAUAACUUUCAAGAGGUAAUGGAGAGUGAAGAGUUCAUGUUGCUUCCAGCCAAUCAACUCAUUGAUAUAAUAUCCAGUGAUGAACUAAACGUUCGCAGUGAAGAACAAGUGUUCAAUGCUUUUUUUGCCUGGGUCAAAUACAGUAUUCAGGAAAGACGUCCUCAGUUACCCCAGGUGCUGCAGCAUGUUCGUUUGCCUUUGCUUAGUCCCAAGUUCCUCGUGGGCACAGUAGGCUCUGAUCCCCUCAUCAAAAGUGAUGAAGAAUGCAGAGACUUGGUAGAUGAGGCUAAAAACUACCUCCUGUUGCCGCAAGAACGACCACUAAUGCAAGGACCAAGGACAAGACCACGGAAACCUAUCCGAUGUGGGGAAGUACUCUUUGCAGUUGGUGGUUGGUGCAGUGGAGAUGCCAUUUCCAGUGUUGAACGAUAUGAUCCACAGACCAAUGAAUGGAGAAUGGUGGCUUCAAUGAGCAAAAGGAGAUGCGGAGUUGGGGUCAGUGUUCUUGAUGAUCUGUUAUAUGCAGUAGGAGGCCAUGAUGGAUCCUCUUAUCUCAACAGUGUUGAAAGGUAUGACCCCAAAACAAACCAGUGGAGCAGUGAUGUGGCCCCUACAAGCACCUGCAGGACAAGUGUUGGUGUAGCAGUACUUGGAGGCUUUCUCUAUGCUGUGGGUGGCCAGGAUGGCGUGUCUUGCCUCAACAUUGUUGAGAGGUAUGAUCCGAAGGAGAACAAGUGGACUCGGGUAGCUUCUAUGAGUACCAGAAGACUAGGUGUGGCUGUGGCUGUGUUAGGAGGGUUCUUAUAUGCUGUAGGUGGCUCUGACGGGACAUCUCCACUCAACACAGUGGAACGUUACAAUCCUCAGGAAAACAGAUGGCACACUAUAGCCCCUAUGGGGACCCGGAGGAAACACCUAGGCUGUGCAGUGUAUCAGGACAUGAUCUAUGCUGUAGGAGGUAGAGAUGACACUACAGAGCUGAGCAGUGCUGAGAGAUACAACCCCAGAACCAACCAGUGGUCUCCGGUGGUGGCCAUGACAUCACGCCGUAGUGGAGUUGGCCUGGCAGUGGUCAAUGGACAGCUCAUGGCAGUAGGAGGUUUUGAUGGCACAACAUACUUGAAGACCAUAGAAGUUUUUGAUCCUGAUGCCAAUACAUGGAGGUUAUAUGGCGGGAUGAAUUACCGUCGGCUAGGGGGUGGUGUAGGAGUUAUUAAAAUGACACAUUGUGAAUCCCAUAUUUGGUGAACACAGAGAAGACACAGUCUUGUACAUAUUCCUCUGUAUUCUGGGGAGCUUUGACCUUGGAGCUUUGUACAGCUUGAGAAAACAUUAGAACAAGUUUUAUUAUUUGCCGGUGCCUCAACAUAUGGAAAUACAAAUGAAAGUAGUUCACCUGCAAGAUGCACAAUAAUUUUCAACUCUGUGCAGAAGAAUAUUUAUUUUUGGUUUUAAUUUAUCAUGGUUUUUUGUUGUUUUCGUUUUGAACUUAUCCUUCCUCCCACAAAAAAAGAAAAGAAGAAAAAAAUUCCAAGCAGCAAAACUUACUUUGUUUAUAAGGUAUUGAUUUAGGUUUGAAAAUACUAUUUAAUAAGGGCAUAAGGGCUAUAUAUGAUUUGGCUGUUAUUUCUAGACACUCCAUCCACGUGAUUCCACUAACAAGGAUUACCAGGAAUUAAGGUAGGUAUGCAAAAUGUAUUAGCUAGCCAUUAUUCUUGCACUAACCACCAGAACACUUGAAAAUCUAAAAAAAAAAAAAAAAAAAAAGAAAAGG